AUGGAAGACCAAGCAACGGAGCACAGCGAAACCGACUACGAAGACCCUGAGGAAGAGAUCAUAUUGACCAAAGUGGUAUUUAUAGGGAUAGAUAGAGACAUCCCACAUCAAAUGAUUAAAUUAUACCUUCAAACUCUCAACACCAAAACUGAUAACCUCAAAGUCGAUGAUGAAAAUGCAAACCCAAUCAGUGUUUUAGUUGGCGAGCAACCACUUGAGCUUCUAUUUGUUUGUAAUGGAAAGGACAUGUAUGGGUGUCUUACAACAACACACCUCAAAAAUGCGAGUUAUAUAGUUCUAUACUAUUACACCGACAACAGUGAGUCGGCGAAUGAUCUUGAAGGGUGGGUCAAGGAGAUACGGAGGUAUUGUGAAAUAACAACCUCAAUCAUUAUAGUAGAAUUUGGGGACACCACGGAGAAAACACGACCAAACAUAGAAACAGCCAAAAGCCUCUCGAAUGAACAUCAGCUCCAUCAUUCUCUAGUUAAAAAGGAUAAUGACUCCUUAGUCAAAUUUCUCAGUAAUAUCAUCAACGAAAACAUCACAAAAGAGGCAAUUAACACAGCAGAAGAACCCACAGAAUCUCCACCACAAAAAAGGGGUGUUGUACACUCCAGUAAUUGUAAUAUGUUCUUCUCUUCUUAUUUUGAUUGUUUUUCAUAG